GUUCAUUGAGAGGAAAUGUUUAAGACGGCAACCACAAGAGUACGUGCAUACGCUCGCUUAUUUGUGUCUUUGGUUGUGAGCGACUCAUUUGCCGUUACUACAGAUCUCUGGAAGCACGUUGCUGGUGUCUAUGAUUAAGAGCAGCUGCUGCGCUCUAGCCCUAUCUGGAGGAGCACACCCCAUCUUAGUGGGAAGCUCACGCAGUCUCCCCCCUCCUUCCCUGGCAGGGAGCAGUCAGCAUGGAGGAUACCACAGCCAUAGUCACAGCCACCACAGACCAUUGUGCACCAGUCACCAAAGCAGCAUUGCAGCAGGCCCCAGGUUAUGAGGAGGAAGCCGGGGGCUGGGACAUAGGAACAGGAAGUGCAGGUUGGAACCCACAGAGUGCUGCUGCUGCGAUGGAACUUCCCGUUCUCACGCAGCCUGGCUUGGGGGUAACCAAGACGACAGUGACCACGAUCACUCAGACUGGAGGGGACUGGAACAGCAGCCUGUUCAACGUGUGUGGAGACGGGACAACAUGUCUCUUAGGGGCCUUUGUGCCCUGCUGCCUAGACCUGAGUCUGGCCCACCACUAUGGGGAGUGUCUGUGUUUGCCCCUGCUCCCUGGCUCCACGUUUGCCAUGCGGGUGGGCAUCAGGGAGAGAUACAAGAUACGGGGCAGUGUCUGUGAGGACUGGACCACGGUGUACUGCUGCUACCCCCUGGCUGUCUGUCAGAUGAUCCGAGAGAUGAAGAGGAGGAUGAAGAGCCAGACCUACCAGGUGUCCACUGCACUGGAGUGCUCCUGACAACAUGGCUGUGCACUAGGUUCAUUAAUCCAGGUUAGGACAACAUCGCAUUCAUGUAUGUUAUGGGAUAUUAGAAUAUUCAUGACCUAACCUUGGUAUCUAUAACAACCUUGGCUGUGUAUAGAACCUUCAGAGGCUCAUGUCAUUUAAUUUGUACAUCACAGGUGUCUGCAUAUUACUAUGUCACAGAUGUUUAUGUUGAUUAUUGUAGGUGUCAUCAUACUACAGGUGCCCAUUUGGUUUCUUAUGAGCUCUCAUUAUCAUCCAAGGUUUCUGAGGACUUUCCUGUUAAAGAUGAGUCUGUAUAUGUUAAAUGAAUGAUGAGUUGGUUGAGUUAAGAUCCAUUUGGUUAGGGAUAAUUUUCUUUAUUUGGGAGUGGGGACUUGCAGGAGGUUUAGUGUUUUAUCCCAUUUACUAUCUGUAACAUCAGAGCUACUUUACCAGACAAGGGUUAUAAAUGUUUGUAAAUUAAGUUCAUAGCCAAGUUUAUGAAAAAAUCCAUGUACGCCAUGAAAUAAAAACCUAUUUGCAUAUUUGUUUUAUUUUCAAAUUUUAUCUAUGACAAUACCCUGCGGCUGACAAUCACGUUAAUCUAAUUUUGUACGUCCCUCUCUAAACCUCUUGCUAGUCAGCACCAGGAUAUGAAAAUGUUAUUAAUUUACAACGCUGGGAUGUAGCUAAAGGCUGAGUAUGCAAUUUGUCAAAUGUUAUUUAUGUAUUUUUUGAUAUUUAACUAGGUAAAUCAGUUAAGAACAAAUUCUUAUUUACAAUGAUGGCCUACCCCGGCCAAACCAAGUUCCUUUGGUCUCUGAUGUACAUCAACUGUUUAUUGCUUCAUACAGCGUUAUAUGUCGAAUACAGAACUCGUUUUAAAAGUCUACUACAAUGAUUUCAUAAAAGGAAGUGUAAGUAUCCAAAUAAUCCUUGCCAUUUAAUCUCCCUGGAUUAGAACAGCAGUCUUUAUGACAGCCUGUGAAGAGGAUGGCUAGCUGGGAACAUGGUGAUAGUAGCAUGGGAAUGCUGGGGUUGCAUAGCUACUGGUAAUUUACCAAAGUUACCAUCAUCUUUGUUAAUCUAUGGUAAUUUUGGUAAUCUACAAUACCAGUCAAAAGUUUGGACUCACCUACUAUGUGCUCAUAUAUAGUAUUACUUUUUAUGUGUCCAUGUUGUCCAUGAGUUUCUUGUGGAGAGAUCAUAUGCUUCAAUAGAAAAUAGCCUAAUUAAUGAAAAAAGCAUCUCAUCAAAAAUGGUAUUGCC